AUGUGAUGUUGACUAAACAAAGAUGGCGGACCACUUGCCAGUCGAGGUGAUAUCUCACAUGAUGAAAUUCCUCAGCCUUCCUGAUCGUAAAGAAGCAGCACUGGUCAGUAGGAGUUGGUAUGAGGCAGCAAUGGACCCAGCGCUGCAGCGUGAUGUCAUCAUUACAUUCCAGACACCGUCCAUGGCCGAGGAACCAAUUGCUGGAUUUGGAAGACGAAAAAGCCCCAAUCUACUUCUAAAUAAUAUUGACGGGUCUAGCAAUUCUAAGUUCACAAUACAAAAAGCCUGCCAGUACAUGGGGCAUAAUCUACAGAUGUUGUCCCUGAAGGGGUCUGAUAUAACUGAAGGCGCCUUUAUGUCAAUAGUACCCUACUGUCAUAAUCUGACCUCCCUUGAUUUGAGUUCCUGUAAUAGUUUGUUCAUGUCAGGCAAGUUUCUAGGUGAAUCUCAAGACCUUGAGUCUGUUAAAGCUGCAUUGGUCCAUGUCACUGAUUUAAAUCUCAGUGCCAUCAGGUAUCUUUCUGAUUCCCUGUUUAACCGAGUGAUGUCCUGCGUUCCCAAUGUCCAGAAACUCUCUCUCGCAUCAUGCCACCUGACUUUCGAAUUUGAUCCUUAUAAAGGCAAGCAAGGCGACAGUGGCACAGGAUGUAACUCUAAAACUAUUCUGACAUUUUCAAACGUCCUGAGUUUGCUCCAUUUACGCAGCAACAAACUGAAAAGUUUAGAUUUCAGCCGGACGUCAAUCACUAACAAAGGUAUUAGGUCCCUGGUUGACAUUCCGGGUUUGGAAUUGAGAGAGCUGAUCCUGAAGUCCUGCAGAGAAAUGACUGAUGAUGGGGUUUUGAUGGUUUCCAAGAAACAGCCCUCACUGGAGAAUUUAGACAUCAGUUUAUGUCAAGAUCUGCGUGAUGGUGCUGUGAGCGCUAUCAGACUACAUCUGCAAAAUUUACAAAAGCUGAACAUUUAUAAAUGUAGAUACGUCACUGAUAGAUCAGUCCACAAAUUGUGCUCCUCAUUUCCGUCUUUAACCCACUUCAAUGUUUCAGACUGCUAUCAGUUGACUUCAAAGGGAUUAGUUAGUGCAUUGUGUUCGACCGGAACCUCAUCAUUAGUUUCAUUGAAUCUCAACUGCUGUAGUCUAGUCCAAGAUGAUCUGAUUAUCGAGAUGGCUAAAGUCAUGAAGCAUCUUAAAGAACUUGAUCUAGGUUCCUGUGUCCAUAUUACUGAUGUCAGCGUCAAUGUCAUUGCAAAAUCUUUUGGACUUUUAAGGGUCUUGCGUCUUGCCUGGUGUAAAGAAGUCACUGAUUUUGGUAUCUUGGGGUUAGAAAAGUUCAUCUACCAUGACACGACGGUAAAUGAAGUCCAGGCGGAACAAAUAGGAGGUCAGACCAUCACAAUGAUUACUCCAGGGAAACCUAAUCAGUACAGCAGUGGGAGGUUCUCUCGUAAUUACGGCAAUAUCGGCAUGUUUAGCAGCCCAGCACAAGGGGAUACCAAGCCACCACAGAAAGUGUCAUACUCUGAAAUGGAAAUGGAAAUUACUAGAAAUGAGAAUAUAGGUAUUUAUACAUUGACUAGCCUGCAGAGUUUGGAUCUCUGUUCAAACCACCGCAUCACAGAUCUUGGGGUCAUGCAAGGAAUUCGAUUUCGCGAGCUACGCAAGCUCAAUCUCAGCAUGUGUACACAGGUUACUGAUGAAAGCUUGAAGUGUAUUUCUGUAAAUAACAGCAGCUUGGAAGAACUUUUUCUGAGUCAGUGUCAGAAAAUCACUGAUGUCGGGAUCGCUACCAUCGCGAAGAAUCUCUUCCGACUGGCAUUGCUUGACAUGUCCAGCUGUGAUCUGGUGACAAAUGAAUCACUGAAGACACUGGGUUUCCACUGUAACCAGCUGAAGCACCUUGAUGUGUCAAUGUGUGAUAAGAUCACCCUGGAAGGAGUCUAUAGACUCACACAGAAAUUGACAAGUUUGGUAGUACAGGCAAGGUAUGUGGGCGGUGGAGGGAAUGAUUUUAAUUUGUAUGCGCAUUAG